AUGCCUCUCAAACGUGUCCUCAUCACAGGGGCGACCGGCAAGCAAGGAGGGGCCCUCCUCUCAGCCUUGCUCAACUCUCCCCCAAGUCCACCGUUCCACCUUGUCGCAUUGACUCGCAACAAGAACAGCGUGAGCGCUCAAGCUCUGGCGAAGAAGCCCAACGUUAGCAUUCUACAGGGCGACCUGAACGAUUGCGACGCGAUAUUCAAAUCUUCCCCAGAACCCUUCCACGGAGUCUUCAGCGUCCAGGUGCCCCUUCGACCCCAAGUCGAAGAGGAACAGGGAAAAGCCCUUGCCGAUGCAGCAGCCUUCCAUGGUGUUCGCCAUUUCGUAUAUACUUCUGCUGACCGGGGCGGCAUCGAACGGUCAGACCGCGACCCGACAGCAAUCAAGCACUUUGCCUCGAAAUUCAACAUUGAAAACCAUCUCAAAGCAGUAUGCAAGGAAUCGGGUGACAAAAUGAAAUGGACAAUCAUACGACCUGUCGCAUUCAUGGAGAACCUGACCCCUGAUUUCCUUGGUAGGGCGUUCGCAAGUAUGUGGAAACUCAACGAGCCGAACAGCAAGCUGCAGCUAGUCUCUUCCACAGACAUCGGGAUUCUCGCAGCAGACAUUUUCAAGAACCCGGAAAUCUACACCGGGCGCUCUUUAUCUCUCGCGACCGACGAACUGACGUUCCAGGAAGCAAACGAAAUCUUCAAGCAAGUGGUCAGAACCGACAUGCCCACAACCUAUCCACUUGUCGGCCGCUUGAUCAAGUUCCUCUUGCACGAGCAGUUGGGUGUCAUGUUCAAUUGGUUCCGAGAAGUUGGCUUUGGAGCUGAUCCCAAAGAAUUCAGGAACAAAUAUCCCCAGAUGCAAGAUUUCGAAAAGUGGUUGAGACAGUCGAGUGGAUUCAAAGGCCGGAUAAAUUGA